UCUGCUUAAUGACUUAAAUGUCAACCAAGUUGGUUUGAUGGGUUGGUUGAUUAUGGUCUAUAUACAGUAUGGCUGGGCGGUAUACAGUAUAGAGGGACUUCCUGGAUUGCAGCACCAAGUUAGAGAGAGUAACAGAAUGGGGACAUGAAGUGACAGUUCACACCCAUCAGAGAGACACAGGGCUCCUGAUCAACAGGAGGAGAGAGCACACAGAGAGACCAGAAGACACAGACAGAGACAGUGACAAGAAGAGAAAGAGGAAAGAGACCCCGGUACUGUGAUUGAUUCAUCAAGGCAGUGUAAGCAGGAUGUGGGUCCUCAUCUCGGCAGCUCUACUUCUCUCUCUGACAGAGAGAGCCACAUGCGAUACAUCACCCUGGACCAUCACCUUCAGUCCAGCAGAAAUAACAGCAGAGAAGGGACUAUGUGCUGUUAUUUCAUGUACUUUCACUCACCCUGAUAACAUAAAGCCUACCGCUGCAAUGUGGUUCAAGUGCCCUACAAAGGGCAAAUGUGAUAAGGAUAAAAACACAAUGUUCCACUCCAAUACUCCCUCUAAAGCUCAGGAGGGUAUUAAACAGAGAGUGUCUCUACUGGAGACUGAUCUGACAAAGAAGAACUGUAGUGUGAUCAUCAACGACAUCAGAGAGACUGAUGCUGGAGAGUAUCAAUUCAGACUUCCAAGUUCAUAUACAUACUCGAAGAAAGUGAGCAUCACAGUGAGCGCUCUGACCCAGAAGCCCUCAGUGUUGACUCCUCCUCUGACAGAGGGAGAACCAGCUACUCUGACCUGCAUCGCCCCGGGGAUGUGCUCUGGAACUCCUCCUAACAUCACAUGGACAGGGAGAGGAACAGGAGACAACAUCAUUGAGCUCAGAGACAACAUCACCAUACAGGAGAGAGAGGACCUGACCACUGUGACGACAACCCACUUCUCAACGUUGACCUUUACCCCCUCAGCUGAACACCACAACAUGAUGGUUACGUGUCAAGUAACCUUCCAGAAAAAAUAUCAAAUUGAAGAGACAGUAACUUUGAAUAUGACAUAUGUGAAAGACCCCCAAAUAACUGGAAAUGAAAUGGUGAAGGAGGAUGGUACCCUGGAUCUGACAUGCAGAGUUGACAGUUACCCUCCAUCUGAUAUCACUUGGAGUAAGAACGGGGCAAGUGCCCCACUUCAGAAUUACACUGAAAAUGCCACUCUCACCAUCUGCAAUGUGACAAGAGAACAUGCUGGGGAGUAUGUGUGUACAGUUCAACACCUCAACAGGACUAUGACAGCUUCCACUGUUGUCACUGUGAUGUACCUUCCUGUGAUUCUUCCUGGCUCUGGGUGUGUGGACCAGGCAGAGGUCAUGACCUGUCUGUGUGUCAGUCAGGGGGUUCCCUCACCCCUCAUAGUGUGGCCACUGCUGGAGCUCAACACAGAGAGGUGCAGCCCCACUACAUCAGUGUUGGGUUCCUCAGUGAACAGCACCAUCAGUCUGCCUGUUGGAAACCACAACAACACCACUGUGGAGUGUGUCAGCAGCAAUGUGGUGGGUGUAGUGAGAGAGAAGCUGCAGGUCACACAAAAUAAGAGCCAAGAAAAGCAAAGAGGAUGUGGGACUGCAGUUCUCCCCUGGACCAUAGCUGGUAUGUCUCUCAGUGUGACUGUAGCCCUUCUCAUCUACCUGUCUACAAAUGCUUACAUACGGAUGCAAGGUAAGAAUGUGAAACCAAAAGAAGAGGAGAGUGCCUACAUCUCAUUGGAUAAAAAAUACACGUCUCAGGAAGAGUAUGAGGUCAUUGCCAGGCGUCCAAGAUGAUUGAGCACCCCCCCCCCCCCCCCACUCCUAAGCUUAUGCUGAGAGUUUUCAGUAGACUGAGAUCAUUUUCAUGUAAAAUAAUUCACACUUAUCAUCUUAGUAAAGUUUCUGAUUUGUAUGCAUAAAAUGAACAAGUUAUUAAGCACAAUUUUUUAUAAUAAAAAUGAUUAUGUAUUUCAUGGAAAAGCACAAGUAUUAUACGUUUUUUUUAAAUCACAUACUUUUUAAAAUGUUUACUUUAGAGAGACUAUGUGAAUCAAACAUGGAGAUAUAAUGAUUCUUUGCACUCUGCACUAUCAUCCUGAAAUUGUACAUUUGCUCAUUGCACUUUGUGCACUGCUGUAGAUUCCUUCACCUGCCAAUUCUCUGACUUCAAUAUAUAUAUAUAUUUCCAUUCCAUAUUGUGGUAAAAAAAAUAUGUGUGAUGUAGUUACUGUAAACAAUGAAGAGGUGGCAUGAGAUUAACUGUUAGUUAAGUAAUGGAGAAACUGUAUGAAAUAAUAUAUACUGUCGUGGCCAAAAUAUUGGCAUCCUUGCACUUUUUUCAAGUAAUUCACAAUUUUCCCUAAAAAUAAGUUGAAAUUGAAUAAAGUAUUUGGUCUCCACAGUUCUUUAUUUCAC